AUGCGAGUGGAUGAUAAUGACAAUGCCUAUAGAUCUUUUCUAUUGGAAAUUGGAAAUGGAAGUUAUAACAACAUUUUACCACCCUAUGUUAUCUCAUUACCUUCAGAUAUCAUGAUUCCCGCCGAUGAUAAUCUUAUUGAUUAUAUAUAUGGAAACAAUCCUGAUAUUUUCACAAGAGAUCCAUUAUUUCUAACAGAUAGAGCUAUUCUCUGUCCAAAAAAUAUACAUUGUGAUGAAAUUAAUGAAAAAAUUGUUAAUAUGAUAAGUGGAGAAGAACAAACUUAUACAAGUUUGAAUACAGUUGUUGAUGAUGGUAGUGGGUCGAAUAUUAACUAUCCAACAGAAUAUCUUGACACUUUAGAAAUAUCAGGUUUACCUCCACAUAAAAUCAAGUUGAAAAAGGGUGUGGUUGUCAUUUUGUUGAGAAAUUUGAAUCUGAAUGCAGGUUUGACUAACGGAACUAGGUUAAGUGUAAAUGAAAUGUAUGCAAAUUCAGUUAAAUUUACAAUAAUUACUGGACAAGCAGCUGGCAAAGAAGUUUACUUACCAAAGAUAAAUCUUUUCUCAAAUGACCAAUCUCUUCCAUUCACCUUCAAGAGGAAACAACUUCCUGUUAAAGUAGCUUUCGCAAUUACAAUAAAUAAAGCUCAAGGGCAAACUUUGAAUAAAGUUGGUAUUUACCUCCCUGAGCCAGUCUUUUCUCAUGGUCAGUUAUAUGUUGCUCUUUCAAGAGCUAAAAACUCACAAAGUGUCAAAGUUCAACUCCCUUCUUCACGAGUAAACACAAUAGCUCGAAACUUAACUAACAAUGUUGUUUAUAAAGAAGUUUUAUCAUAA